CAUUGUAAUUCUCUUCACUGAUAUGACCGAUAAGAUGUCUCCAAAUCAUACCUAUCCUUUGCCAUUUUGCUACCCAGCUGUCCUCAGGACUCAUCUGGGCAAUCACGCUGUGGGAAUAAACACGAAACAAGGACCAACCAAUCAUGGACGAUGUCGAAUUGCCCCUGAAGGCAGCGGGCCUGGCGAGCAGGUAGCGGCUGUAAAUGAGAGAUCUCCCCCCCCCCCCCCACACACCCCCCGGUGGAGAGGCAAGAGGGAGAGGGACACGGGAGAGCGGAUGAGUGGCACGGAUUCGUCCACGCGUUUGACGUGUACACGCGCUCUCUCAAGUUGACCGACUUGACAUGGAGUUUGGAGCACUCGUGUCCCGCACACGGCGGCGUUUUUAGCCGUGCGGCCGCCGCUGACUACCUAACUCCGUAGGAACCGGAGCCACUUUGGUCCGCAGCGCCGAUCCAACUGGGAAUACUGUUUAACUCUGAAGGGACGCGAGGAAGCGAGCGAGGCAGCCAAGGGAGUUCUGAAACGCUUUGGGAGCACGCGCGUUGCCAGCGUACAACUUGUAAACAUGUUACUUAAGCGUCGGUCCGGGCCGUGAUGUGGCCUCCACCUGGAAGCGCAGAGCGCCGAUGAAGUUCAACCCGUCCCUUCCGCGUGCGCCCGGCUCGGCGAAUGCGGCGCCCUCGGGACUCGCCAUCUCCAAACGCCGCUCGUCAACUGCCCACACAAAGUGCUUAUUAGUAUUAUCAAUGUUAUUUUUAAUAUUUGGGCUGUACUUAUUCAUAAUAAGUUAAAUGAACUUCGACACAUGCGUGGAGAGGAGCUUUUUUUUUUUUUUUUUUUUUAAAUUACCAUUAUUAUUAUUAUUAUUAUUAUUGGACGGACUAGUCACUCCCAAACAGGAGUUUGGUUUUAAUCUAAAAAGAGAUUUUAUUAUUAAUAAUAUUUAGCAAAAAAAAAAAAAAAAGGAGGAAAAGUGCUGGAUGCACGAUUGAAUAUUAACUGAAUGGAAGGAUCACGCGUGAGCUUGGAUUGCGUUGCCUAAAGAAGUGGCAGAGAAGAGUGGACAAUUAAUAAUAAUCCGAAUAUUUAUAGUAAUAAGACAGAGGGAGCGAUUGCUGCGUGUCUUCCUGCUGACUGCUUUGAAGUGCACCAUGUGCGGCCGGGCUCCGCCGCUGCAGCCGAGGCCAUGAGCGUCCUCGCGUGGCGCCUGGCCGGGCUCUGGCCGUGGCUGCUCAUGGCGGCCCUGCAGGUGGUGAUGGGCCAGCCGGGCCCGGAGUCCGAGCGGCCGGCCCUGCGGGCGCUCAUCAAGGUGACGCUGCUGAAGAACGACCCGGCGGACAGUCCCAUCACUCUGGAGGGGGUGUUCGUUGGAGGGAGCGCCGGCUACGCGGAGGGCAAACUCAUGCAGUACCACCCACUGUCCCUGUGCAACACGAGUGAAGAUGAACGGCAAGAGAGUGACUUCAUCACCAUUGUCAAACUGGAGCAGAGGGUUCCCCGCUGUCUGCCGCUACAGGAAAAGGCCCUCAUGGCACUGAAAAAGGGAGCUCAGGCAGUUAUUUUUGAUGUCAGCGAUGAUGUCAACGCGGCUGCUGAGCUGAGGGAAAGUGACUCCCUUCCCCGCCCGGUCGUGCUGGUGGAUGCCGAGGAUGCCGAGGAGUUGAUGGCUUUGGUCAACAAGAACGAGGAGGCUAAUGUUCGUAUUGAGAUAUUGGUGGAGCAGCCCAGAUGGCCACAUUACGACGUGGGCAUCCUGCUCACCAUUGUCCUGGCCGUCCUGACCAUCAUCCUCAUCUUUGCUUUCCGCUAUAAGUGCAAGGCCAAUAGAACUUGGGACUCUGUACAUCAGCAGACCAUGCGAGCUAUUAAUCGACUCGAGACCAAAACCUACAUCUCUCAGGGGUGCGCAGGCUCACAGCGCUCCCGUGGAGCCUGGGGGUCAGCGAGCAGCUCCAACUCCACCCCGGUGUGUGCUAUUUGCCUGGAGGAGUUCCAGGAUGGUCAGCAUCUAAGGAUCAUCUCCUGCGCUCAUGAGUUUCAUAAAGACUGUGUGGAUCCCUGGCUGUUGCAACACCGCACCUGCCCUCUAUGCAUGCACAACAUCAUGGGGGCAGAGAGGCAUGCCCAGAGGAACAGACUACAGUCUAGUCCAGAACAACGGUUCCUCCACCCUCGGCCUUUCAGCAGCCCACGAAACCACCUGUUCCCCCAGCAUGACGUACCUUUUUCUAUGAGGCCACAAUAUCCUCGUGGACCUUCAGGCUCCUAUCCGUCUGUUGGUCAAUACAAUAUGUCAUCUCCCAUGGACAACCAAAUGCUACAUUUGCUCACCAGCAGGGCCCUGGGCACCCCUUGUGGGUACCACCAUCCAGCAGAGGGUCCCAGAAGGCCGCACAGGACCGGCGCUAACUGCAGGACUUCUUCUCACCACUACACCCCCCGGGGGUCCUGUCACAACUAUCGUUCAACUUGCCCAGCUCAGCGCAGCGCCUCCAACUCCAGAGUGCACCACAUCGCCUCAGGCACCUCGCAGACCCGCGGAGCAGUAGCCCAUGGGCGACUGGACGAGGGCAGCUGCUCCGGGGGCAGCUACCACACGGACCGCAGCGGAUAUUUGGCCGACGGGCCAGCGAGCGACUCCAGCUCUGGGCCGUGUCACGGCUCGUCCAGCGACUCGGUUUUGAACUGUACCGAUGUGUCCCUGCAGGGAGUUUACGGCAGCUGGUCCACUUUCCGCAGCUCACUGAGUAGCGACUACGACCCGUUUGUAUAUUACGGGCCGGGCUCUGUGGAGGUGGAAGCCCAGGCACGGCCUAGGUCUCUGGACUCUGUGGUGAACAAAGUGGGCUGCCCUGAGGAACAACCUCAAACUGUGUUUAGCCACAUCCACUACCACCGCCAUAGACACCACCACUAUGAGGACGGCGAGCGCAGCCAAGUCCCGAGCAGAGGUUCAGACGAGGAGCAAGGGGCCGCUGCGGCAGCAGCCCCUCCUCCGCGGGGCUUGGGGAAAGACUCACCUGUUGCCCCGCCUAAGCCCAGUCACUGUCAGUGCCAAAAACCAGACUGUACACAUUUGCUCAGUUCUGGGACAGAGGGUCGGGAUCAGGACCCGAGCACGUCUUCAGGGCCCUCUCUCCUGGUGUCCUCCAUCCCCUUACAUCUACAAACCCACUGCUGCCACCAGGGAAACACUCCCGCAGCUCUCGGACGGGGCUGUGUGCGAAACCCCCCCACUGUUCGCUUCCACCAGAGCUUGGACCUUCAGGAGGAUCGGAGCGUCCGCAUCCAUUUUGGCCAAGGCUCAGGAUUCUGCUGCUCUCCCCCUGAACUGCACCCCGCCCUCCUUCCAGUACCUCUAAUUCUGGACUCGGGACCUAUAGACGAUUGGCCCUGCUGUGCCGGAGCCCAUGUUGUGUGGCAAAAGCGGGUGCAGGAGGCCCACUCUGAGCCUCAACUUCUGGGGACCAGGACCUCUGUUGAGAAACCUCCUUGCAGGUCCCACCACAGCUUCGCCGCAGACCGCAACACAGAAUUUUGUUUAUACUGCCAAAAAAUAUACCACAAUCAGGGAUCUGAAGAGGAGUCCGGUGUGUGAGAACUUGUUUCCCCGAAUUAUGACGCUGCUACACAGGAGCCACAAUAGUCGAUCCUCUUAGUUGCUCGUGGUCUCUCGGCUGUCGCCACGUACAGUCAUACCGCUUGCUUAGUCCCUCCCAACUUCCCUGAGGAUUCACAUCAUGAUCCCUUUUUUAAUAAUAUUGUUUUGUUUGGAAUGAUUGAUGGCAAGAUUCUAGGCUAAAUCCCUUUCAAUGGCGAUCAGGAGUGGGAACACAAAAGCAUUUCAAGGUUGUGAUUUGCCCUGCCCGUUCGGAAGCAAAGCAAUUUUGUUCUGGCUGUUGACCCCUCAUGAAGUUAGGCUCAAUGUGUGCGUGCCUGCCCGCUUUCCAAAAAACUAGAUUUGCUCACCGCAGUACCUUCGUUCACUUACGUGAUCUGCCAUCUUCCUCUCUGCUGAGUCGAACCUCAGCUGACAAAACUUCUCUCUAAGCCUACCUCAACUCAGAUUUUGUCUUGCCUCACUCACAGGGGUUUUUUUUUUUUUUUUUCAAGGUACUGCUGUAGUUCUUUAUUUUUUCUUGGUUUUUAUGGUAUCCGAGUAGCUCUCACAACCUAAAAAGAUAUCAUGUUGCUCGUCUGACAGAGGGAAAGGUUGAUUUGGGUGAAAGUGGUUGCUGAGCCUUCCGGGGGCCUUGUUUUCAAUACAGUACUUCAAUAAUGGCAGCUCCAUUCAGCAUUUUUGUGCGUCUCUCUUUUUUUUUUUUUUGUACAAUAUUCUUUUAUUUUUCAAAAUGACUGAAUUGUGUUGCCACCAAGCUAAGCGACUUUCUGGUUGGGACAUUGCUUUAGAGGGAUGAUGCCCUUUGUCAAUCUUUUCUGCUCAGCUCAUUAUUUUCGUAAUCUUCUCCAGUAACCGAAGCCCUUAAAAAUUCUUCUGCAUUACAUCCGUAGAAAAGACCCGUUACCGUUUUAAUAAGCAUCACACACGUGGAAUAAAGCCACAAGAAGCAGACUUUAGCAUCUAUCCUUGAUUGGUGCCUUAGCGCCAAAGUGCCACAUGUGGUUCACCGUGACAUCAUCUCGAGAGGGGAGGGUCCCGAAGAACGACUCAGGGAUUGCCCAACACUGGAAACUAAUUCAAAAAAGUUUGGGCCACACUGAAAAAAGUCCUACCUCGGUUUACGACCAGUUCUGUUCCAACAGCAGUGACGUAAGUCAAAUAUGUGCACAAGUCGUAGUCUAUCAGUAAUAUAAGACAAUGCAACUGUUAAGUUAUCCAUCCAUUCAUUCAUUAUCCAAGCCCCUUAUCUUCACAAGGUUCACAGGAAAGCUGGAGCCUAUCCCAGGUAGCUUCAGGCGAAAGGCAGACUACACCCUGUACUGAUCGCCCCUCAGUCACAGGGCAGAUAUCGAUCCCACGCUGCCCACACCAAAGGCAGGCAUGUGUUCCACUACACCAUCAGUGCCCCUCUGUUAAGUUAUAUUACGGUAAAUAUUCGUAUGAAAAACACUAGGCCAUAAAUACAAAAACAAUGAAAUGGAGAAACAAGUACAGCAGUCACUGAAGGCUCUGUCUUUAGCUCCAACACAACUUAUUGUUAAGCAGCAUAUGUUACAUAACUUCAGAAUAUCAUAUAUUGGGCUCAUCGUAAACUGAGGAACGCUGCAUGCUGGGUAAAAAAAUCUUAAGUGGUCAGACAAUUACAAGAAGGAAAUUGGGAUAGCGUGUCAAAAUAUUUUGAGUAAAAUUACCACAUAGAUGAACUUGUACUGUUUCAAGCAUAAACUACAAGUAUUUCAAGAAAAAAAAUUGUGGAGUAUAAUAUGAGGGGGGAAAUGAUUUUUGUGAGAAUAGAGUUUCAAUUUUACCAGGAAAAAAAAUACCAUCAUGAUAAGUAUUACAAGAAGAACUAAAGUAGUAAUGGGUAGAGAUUUAAAAAAAUUUAUUUAUACUGUACAUGGGGCAAAAGUAGCAUUGUGACAUUUUUCUCAAGACAUAACGGCUUUUCUUUCUAAAUGCAACUUUAUUUUAAAAAAAUAUUUUGCCCUUUUUUUUCUCUCAAUAUUUUUGACUUUAUUCCGGAGUAUUGAAACUGAAAUUGAAUAUAUUGCUUUCCAGUGUGGCCCAGAAUACUCCCUAGUAGACAUUCACCAUAAUACGUUGAAAUUCUUUUGAACGGACAUCCAAUUGAAAUUGUUCUGCAUGGCUAUCGCGUGCAACUUCAAUUUUUUUUUUUUUUCAAUAUGAUUUGAUCCGUCCCCCUUUAAUCACCCAAAACAUAACUUUUUGCACACACAGCUGAGCGACACCAUUUUGGGGUUUACCAUUUUACUACAUGCGAGUCUAGUAGUAGUUCUUGUCCCUACUUGCCUCGAUUCACUUAAUAAAUGGCAGUCCAACUGCAGAUACACUUCAGUGCCAAUAGCCGUUAACGCUCCUGGCAUUGCAAUGGAACUUGUAGCACUUACUAGAACCUCAUACUGUAUGUGCCUCGUGUAUUCACAAGCCUCGUUGCAGACAACCAAAAUCUUGAAAACAGUGCCUUCAUAGAAUGUCCCCCCCCCCCUUUUUUUUUUUUUUUGCAACCCCGUCCUUAAAAUUAAAUUACUUUGAACUGUUGAAAUGAACAGUAAUCAUUUUGGAGUCCAAAAGGACAAUCAUGCAAAAAAUACCCAGAAUAUGUCCAAACUCUCCCCCCAGCAAAAUAAUGGAGACGUCCUUGCCUCUUAUCGUCUGUGGCGGCAUUCUCUGCCAGGGAUGUGACUGAAUCAAAAAGCAGCACUUCGGGUGAAGUGCUUGUAUGCAGAAGCUAGAAAAACAAAACUACUACAAGAAGUCAAGAAGUAUUUGAAAUAAGCCCAAAAAGGCAAAGCACACAAAUAAGAGCAUUUUGCGUAUCAGCAAUGUUUUGCAGAGCGCCAAGGGAUCUGAUGUUUGAGAUACUUAUGUACAAAAAGAGUACAAAUAUAUAUAUACACAGUGGGUAUGGAAAGUUUUCAGACCCCCACCCCCUUAAAUUUUUCACUUUGUUGUACUACAUCCAUUUGUUAAACUCAUUUAAGAGGUUUUUUUUAAUCUGCACGCAGUAGCCCAUAUUGACUGAAUAGAUAAACUGACUUGUCGAAUGUUUUGCCGUAAAAAAAGAAAAGUUGAAAUAUCACACAGCCAUAAAUAUUCAGACUCUUAACUGUGACACUCAUAUAUUUAACUCAUGUGGUGUGCAUUUCUUCUGAUCGUCCUCGAGAUGGUUCUGGUAAGACUUGAUUAGAUUACAGAAGACCUUACAGCUGACAGUUCAUGUCAGAGCAAAUGAGAAUCAUGAGUUCAAAGGAACUGCCUGAAGAGCUCAGGUAAAUACUUGUGGAAAGGCUGCCGAUCUGGAGAAUGGAUUUGGCUUCAGAACAACUUCAUGAGUGCUCUUGCCAGAACUCUGACUUAAACCCAACUGAGUAUCUCUGGAGAGACCUGAAAAUGGCUGUUCACCAUAGAACCUGACAGAACUGGAGUGGAUCUUCAAGGAGGAAUGCAAAAGGAUCCUCAAAUCCAGCUGUGAAAAAGUCAUUGCAUCAUUCCCAAAAUGUCUCAUGGCUGUAUCAGCUCAAAAGGGUGGGUUCUACUAAAUACUGAGCUUAAAGUCUCAAUACUUAUGGCUGUGUGAUAUUUCAGUUUUUCUUUUUUUAAGAGAUCUGCAAACAUUUCUACAAUCAUGUUUUUUCCCUGUCAAUAUGGGCUACUGUGUGUACAUUAAUGUAGAAAAAAAAAUAUUUUAGCAAAUAGUAGCAAUUAAAAAACAGUGAGAAAUUUAAGGGGGUCUGAACACUUUCCGUACACACUGUAUAUGUAACAGAACAUUUCAAUAUGGUGACAUGUCACAAAUAUAUUUAUUUACUAAUAUAUUUAUCCAUUUUGUCCAAGUUUGAAUGGGUGCUUUCUGUAUGGGCCAUUUUUUUUCCUUCUUUCUGUAUGGAAACUAACCAGCGCCAUCACAAAUGUAUCAACCUGUCUUCAUUCCAAUUAUAUGCAAAUAAAUUAUUUUGAACUAAAA